CUAUGACCAUGAUGACACCCGGCCGCCAAGCGCUAGCUAGCGAGAAUCGGGACUGACUACAUCUUUGUAACGACAGUUCUGAUUGGCCAAUUGAACGUGAAUGUUUCUCGCGAAGCUUCUAUUUUACAGACUGAAUAACCUGCGAAUUACAAUAUAAAUCAUGGCAGAAACGACUCAGAUACCAGCGGUGAAGUGGGCUCAGAGAAAUGAUCGUAUUUUACUAGAGAUAAUGGUACAGGAUCAUAGUAAUGUCAAAGCUAAUGUGGAUUCACAAAAACUCAGUUUUACCUGUCAAGGACAAGGCUCUGUGAAUUAUGCAAUAGACAUGGUAUUUUUUGAAGAGGUCGACCCAGAGAAAACAAAGACGAGACUCGCAAGGCAUAUAGAACUUGAAAUAUUUAGGAAAACAUCUGGGAGCUACUGGCCAAGGUUACUCAAAGACAAGAUGAAGCAACAUUGGUUGUCAGUUGAUUUUAAUAAGUGGAAAGAUGAAGAUGAUUCAGAUGAUGAAUUAGGAGGAGGAGGUGGAGGAGACGAGCGGGGGCUAAAUGAGAUGCUGGCAAACAUGGGCGGCAUGGGUGGAAUGGGCGGCAUGGGUGGAAUGGGCGGUAUGGGUGGAAUGGGCGGUAUGGGUGGAAUGGGCGGCAUGGGUGGAAUGGGCGGUAUGGGAGGAGCCGGUAUGGCCGAUUUAAUGGGUGGUCUAGGAGGAGGAGGAGGAGCUGAACCAGACCUUGGUGAUGAAGAUGACAGUGAUGAUGAACCGAUUCCAGAUCUUGAGGAAUCAGAAGGAAAGGAUUCAGAAGUCAGAUCUGAAUAAGAGUAAAAAUGGUUUCCAUCUUUUCAAAACAAAAGAACAUUGCAAGGAAUGCUGAUGUAGGUACAUGAAGCAGCAGCAAGUUAUUAAUCACUACCACCUCUACACCUGCUAUUGUAUGCAUUCCACUGCAAACCAGAUACCACAGGAAUCCACAAUCAAACA